AUUUUUAGUUUUUGAUUUAGCCUUUUUGCUUUGUGCUGUGAGUUUGAAUUUGUUGUUUUUUGUGUUGAGUAGCUCGUCGAAAGAAGGCCGUGAAGAUCUUCCCUCGCCCGACGGCCGGCCCUCUUCGCCUCAUCAAUCAUGGGCAGACUUUGAAGUACAAUAUGAAGCUUAGGGCUGGGAGAGGCUUCACGCUUGAAGAACUUAAAGCUGCGGGUAUUCCCAAGAAGCUUUUUCCAACCAUCAGUAGAUCGGUUUGUAAGAACUUAUCUCUGGAGAGAAUCCAAAACAAUGUUUAGAGGCUGAAGACAUGCAAGGCCAAAUUGGUGGUGCUUGCAAGGUCAAGGCUGGUGAUUCUGCUCCAGAGGAACUGGCAACGGCAACUCAAGUACAAGGACCGUACAUGCCUAUCACCCUUGAGAAGCCUACGGUGGAGCUUGUUAAAGUUAGUCAAGAGAUGAGGUCUUUCAAGGCAUACAACAAGCUGUGUGUGGAGAGGAUGAACACCUGCCAUGCUGGUGCAAGGCUGAAAACGGCUGCAGAGGUUGAAAAGGAAGAGAAGUAAAUUGAGUCCUGAGAAUAGGCAGCAACAUUUUGGAGUCUAACGUAUGUCUGCCUUUUCCUCUUAGAUUUCGUUUUUUUAGUUCUUUUUGUUAUACUUAUCUGAACCUUGAAGGAAUUUUAGUUUUGAUGACAUGGGUACAGUUCGAGGUUUAAGAUUUCUUGGUCAUCAUUUGUGUGAACCUUUGCCUGUCUUGUCUUUUGAGAAUUUUAUUUAUAGAGGGGAAGUUCUGAAAUUCUUAGAGUAUCUUUUGUUGGAUAAUCUUUCAUUACUAAAAUUUUAUUAAAAAGAUAUAUUAUUUGGUAUA